AUGGCGACCUCCCCCGCCGGCCGCAUGCUGUCCCGCCAGCUACAGCAGAUGCAAUCCGAUAAGGACAUUCCCGGAAUCAGCUGUGGCCUGGUCGAGAACAACGUUUUUGAAUGGGAGGUCAUGCUGAUGAUCUCGGACGACGUUAAGUUGUAUGGAGGUGGCUUCUUCCGUGCUCGCCUCACUUUCCCUAGCGAGUAUCCUCAUAUGCCGCCCAAGAUGAAGUUCGAAUCUCCUCUCUUCCACCCGAAUAUCUACCCCAACGGCGACGUUUGUAUCUCCAUCCUGCACCCUCCCGAGGAAGACAAGUACGGCUACGAGUCUGCCGCCGAGCGCUGGUCGCCCGUUCAGACCCCGGAGACCAUCCUGCUGUCCGUCAUUUCCAUGCUGUCCAGCCCCAACGAUGAGAGCCCGGCGAAUGUGGAGGCCGCCCGCCUGUGGCGUGAGGACCCGGCCGAGUUCAAGAAGCGCGUGCGUCGGUGCGUGCGGGAGAGCCUUGGCGAGGAGUAA